AAAUAUCCUCUGCACUUGAUUCCCGUCACAGAGCGGUUAUACAAUCUGUGCCCUCACUUGAGCCUGCCAGAAUUAAACCUUACCAUUUUCUGCCUUUACGGACUGCUUCACAACAAGCUGCCAGAAUGAGGAAAACAACAUGUCCAAGCAGGAAAAAGAAGGACUUCAAUCUCUUGCUAAUAAAUCAUAUGUGAAAGGAAGCCACAGCGAGAAAAUGGCUUCUCACAAGUCAAAGACUGGCACCAAGAUAAAUGUUACAAAGGCAGCAGAGGAAUUCAGUCCAGUGGAUGAAUAUGUCACACCUGGGGGCUAUGAGCUGGAGAAAAUCCUAAACCAUGGGAGUGUGGCUUACACUCAUGUCAACGAGGUCUGGCCUAACGUCUUCAUCGGGGAUGAGCAGACUGCAAAGGACAAGUAUAAUCUGAAGAAAUUGGGGAUUACGCACAUCUUGAAUGCAGCAGAGGGGACGUGGAACAACGUGGACACCGGAGCUGGUUACUACACUGAUAUGGACGUCGUCUACUAUGGCGUGGUAGCAGAAGACGUCACAACAUUUAACCUUAGCCAGUAUUUCUUCUCUGCUGCCCGGUUUAUAGAAGAUACACUGAGCAACCCUCAGAAUAAACUGCUGGUGCACUGUGUGAUGGGAAGGAGUCGGUCUGCCACACUUUUCCUCGCUUACCUCAUGAUCUGUGAGAACAUGACGGUGGUCGACGCCAUUGAGCACGUGAAGAAACGCAGGAGGAUCAUCCCCAACUGGGGCUUCCUGAAACAGCUGAGAGAGCUGGACAUGCAGCUCCUGGAGAAAAGGGAAGAGGGUACAGAGAAGAGCUGAUUGUAGCACUCGUGGGGCAGGUUGAGGCUCAGAUCGAACCUCAGGUCAAUGGAGACGAGUUCAAGUCGGGUUUCAAGUAAUUUCAACAGACAAGACACAAGUCACAAGUAAUUUGAGACAAGUCCAAAUCAAGUCAGUUCAUUAAGGACAAGUCCAAGUCAAGUCUCAAGUAUAUCAGAGCAAAUCCAAAUCAAGUCAAAAGUAAUUUGAGACAAGUCCAAGUUGAGUCUCAAGUCAUUUGUGACAAGUUUUAGUCUACCAGUCUGAAAUCUCAUCAAGUCAUGGCACAAGUCUAAAUACCCAAAUUGCAAGUCAAGAUGCAAGAUUUCAGGUCUCUCAAUGCUGUCCAUAAAAAUAACAGCAUUUGAACAUUUUCCCUUUAAAGUUCAGUUUACCAUGUUUUUUUCAUAUUAAGUUAGACCAAUGUAUUUUAAUGCAGAGACCUAAUGAGUAUUUGUUUUUACUUUUCUUGAAUAUUACCAAAUGUAAAAUGUAAAUGUUUGCUUUGAACUUUCAUCUCAUCAGGUUUUUAGAGGGUGAUAUCUCAGGUAAAUAAAGUCUCAGAGCAGUCAAGUCCAA